GAAGUUGCGGUAUUUAUUUGUAUGUACUUCCUCUUUCCUCUGCUUCGCUUCUCCCUCUCACGUUCUUCCUCCUCCCAUUGAAAUCGGUAGCAGUGAGGUAAUUGAGGAGAGAAGGUUCAAUGGGAAGGGGAAGAGUGGAGUUGAAGAGGAUCGAAAACAAGAUCAACAGACAAGUCACCUUCUCAAAGAGACGCUCUGGUUUGAUCAAGAAAGCCCGCGAGAUCUCUGUGCUUUGCGAUGCUGAUGUGGCUCUCAUAGUCUUCUCUACUAAAGGCAAACUUUUGGAAUACUCCAACCAACCUUCUGUGGAAAGAAUUAUUGAUCGGUAUGAGAGGCAUUCAUAUGCGGAGAGGCAAGAAGGUGGAAGUGAUCAAGCACCAAAUGAAAACUGGGCCAUAGAACACGAAAAACUGAAGGCUAGGGUGGAAGUACUACAGCUACAUCAAAGGAAUUUCAUGGGAGAAGACCUUGAUAGCUUAAAUCUUAGAGGACUUCAGAGUUUAGAACAACAACUUGAUUCCGCCCUCAGACACAUUAGAUUACGAAAGAACCAAGCCAUGCAUGAAUCUAUUUCAGGUCUUCAGAAAAAGGACAAGGCACUUCGGGAACGUAACAACGUGCUCGCCAAGAAGAUAAAAGAAAAAGAGAAGGCACUGGUCCCUCAAGAACAGGAAGCGUUGCUAAAUAACGGGGAUGUGACUUCUGUCAUGGUAACUAAGCCAUUGGAGUCCCUGAAUAUUGGAUGUAGAGGGUCCCCAGAAGCGAAAUAUGAUGAAGGAACUCCAACAUCAACUCAACCUAAAACCGUAAUUCCUCCAUGGAUGAUGACUCUUCCAACAGAUGAAUAGAAGAAGAAGCUUGUUAGGAUCAUUCCCACUUGUACAUAAGCACACAUGAAGACAUUUGAUGUUGGGUUGUAUUUUGUAUGAGAUGCUUUUGAAUGUUGCUAAGUACAUUAAAGGUUUUGCAUAUAAAUGAUACUAAUAAAAUUGAGUUUCAACAAAA